AUGCAGCCCAUACGCGAUCUGAAGCCGAACUUUAGCAUCCCCCCCUCAGCCUCUGUGGCGGGGAGCCCUGACUCCUAUCACCAGGGCAAUGUCAGGAUGACACUGGAGGACUCUGACCUUUGGAAGGCCUUCCAUGAGGUUGGGACAGAGAUGAUCAUCACCAAACAGGGCAGGAGAAUGUUUCCGCACUGUAAGAUCAACCUGUCUGGACUGCUGCCCUAUGCCAAGUAUAUUAUGCUGGUUGACAUGGUGCCUAUGGAUGCCUUCAGACACAAGUGGAACAAGAACAAGUGGGAGGUGGCCGGGAAAGCGGAGCCACAGCCCCCCUGCCGGACCUACCUGCACCCGGACUCACCGGCCCCGGGGAGCCACUGGAUGAAGCAGCCAGUGUCCUUCCUGAAGCUGAAGCUUACCAACAAUACACUGGACCAACACGGACAUAUCAUCCUGCACUCCAUGCACCGCUACCAGCCCCGCUUCCACAUCGUGCAGGCGGACGACCUGUUCAGCGUGCGCUGGAGCGUCUUCCAGACCUUCACCUUCCCCGAGACCUCCUUCACCGCCGUCACCGCCUACCAGAACACCAAGAUAACCAAACUGAAGAUUGACCACAACCCGUUUGCCAAGGGUUUCAGAGAGGAGGGCACCAACAAUAAAAGGCGUGCGCACAGAGGGCCAGGCUAUCCAGAGAAGAUAAAGAAAAUGAGCAAAGACUCAGAUGAGCAUGGAAGUCCUCCAGACUUCCGCAGGUCUCCAUACGAAGCCUACGAAGAUGACCCCAUGGGACAUCCCAAGAGCAAGGAGGCCGCAUUGGUGAAGGAGGAGCGCUACUCACCCUGGGGGUCUGAGCAGGACCCAUCCCUCAACAUACGCACGGAGUCACCACUGGGCACCGAUGGCCGCGACAUUUACAACUCAGAGCAGCUCGUGCCCACGCCAGCCUCCUACCAGCCUUACAGGUGCCACGAUUAUGGAAAGUCACCCUCUCCCUCCUCCAGUGUGGGCAGCAGUGGUGGCAGCACUGGGCGUCCCAGCUACGAGUCCAGGGUCCCUGAUGUGGCCACUGUCCCUGACCACGAUGCUCCGAAACCCCUGUCCCUGGAGCCAGGACCCUCCUCAUGUGCCCCUCAGCCAGUGCCUGGGCCCCAGGACUACCCAGGAGUUCUGAACAUGGCAAUGCCCCCCACAAGCAAGCCAGGUGUCCUGGGUCACCACCUGUACACACCCUACGGUGCGGAGCAGGCCCUCGGGCAGUGGAGCGGGCCCGCCCCGGGUCAGUACCCUCCUCCACAUCACCUGCCUGCGGACUACAGCGCACAAGCUGUCCAUCACAGCUAUCACCACGGCAACAUGGCCGACUGGAGCCAGUACCCACUCUUCUCCUACUCUUGCUGGUGA